GCGAGUAUUAUAGAACUAAACGUGCAAUUAGUACUAUAUUACGGACGUAGCAAGUAGUUAUAUAAGCUAUCUAAAUGAGUGUCUUCCUUGUAAAUAGCUUUAUUAGGAGAGUGUCCCUUGAGUAUUUAUAUAAGGGUUUCAUCAUUUUAAUAAGCGGAGUCUAUAGCUUAUUACUAUAGAAUACGCGUUUACCCAGCUCAUGAUUGCUGAUGUAUCAAGUACGACGCGAGGGGUUCAAGUUACUCUCUCCAAACCGACAUUGCAGGUAUGAAAAAACCCCCUUGAUCCCUGACUCCUCCAGAUGCCUAGACCACUCAGCCCCCACAGAAUCAUAGAUGUGCAAGCAGCCCGUUCUUAAUCUACUGAGGGCUCCAUAGGCCAAUCAAAAAAAACAAUGAUGUACUUCGUUUGUUGGCCAAGCACCACUUUCGCACAACUGGUCGCCUCUAGUCGAUGGACUAGUCACUGGGUUGGUAAUAGUCGUGGGAAAGAAGAGGAAUCAAUUGUUGAUUUAGUGCUCGCCGUGAUGAUAUUUCUGAUGCCUUUGGCAUUAGGGUAAUUGCAGAACGCUGGCAUCGCUGCCGUCAAGAAGGUAGAGAGACGCACCAACAGUAUGAAGAGAGUACGCCCUCCCUUGAGCCUUGGCAGAGAGGGCAGAGGUGCGGAAUUGCACUUUAUACUCACAGAAGAACGUGCUAUGUUACACGAAAUCUGCAAAGACUAAUCAAUCCUGCAAUCCGUUCUUCACUUGGCUGAAUUACUCUCAAGGCAAUUUGUUAGUAAACAAAUACGAAAGAUCAACGCUUAACUCUGCAUAAAACUUAAGAGAUGGGAUUGACAGAACGAGGCGAAGACGGGUAGCCGCAGAGGACGCUCAAAUGAUGCAUGCGUUGCCAUUCAAGGCUGGAAAAUGAAUGGUCGGAAUAAAAAAAAAUCCUUUACGUAGAGACAGACACCUAAAUACUUAUCGGGCAAAAGUUUCAAGCUACCCCUCCUUUGAUCCUUUGUCGUAGCAU